AUGAAGAAAUUAAAGGACGAAGAAGAAAUAACUAUCUGCCAGAAUCAUAUGACCGUAAGAGUGCGAGAAUUAAAAUUUAUCAAAGAGCUAAGCCGUGACAGAAAGAAGACUCACACCCAACGAAUUCAUGAAAAUUUACCAUUAUAUUUAAGGGAUCUAGACCGAAGGGGGAUGGAAAAUCCUAUAAUAUCAAACCCAAUUAUUGGAAAUAACUGGGUGGAGAAAUUUGCUUAUUUGUGCAAUAUUUUAAAAGAUGAAAGGUUCAAUAAACGAACUAAUAGUGAGUCUUUAGAGUUAUACUUUCAAAUAGGAGAAUUGUUAGCUGAAAAGGGUUGGAACGAUUCAGCUAAGAAUGAAUUAAAUCUUUACUUUACUAGUAGCAGAGGAAAACUAAUAAGCCGAAUAGCAAAAAGAGUUUUACUUCUGUUUAAUACUUAUAGUCAAAAUGCAAUCCAAGUAGUCCAGGAUCUUAACAUCAGUGUUCUUUCGCAUAUGUCUGAGAAAGACUUUAAUGAAGUUUUAUUAGUUGAAGCCAAACAAUUAAAGGAAAAAGAAAUAGCUUCACGGGAUUCGCAGGAGCUCAUCCUUCAAAGGGGGAUGAU